UCUAAUGGUUUUAAAUAUGUUUUGCUGCAUGUAGAUUCAUAUUCUAAAUAUUGUUUACUUUAUCCAAUGAAACGACAAGACACAAACGAGUUAAAACAGAUUUUUUCCAAUUCUGUAUCUUUAUUCGGCACACCAAAAUUGUUAGUUUGUGAUCGAGGCCGUAUGUUCGAGAGUAUGAGCUUCCAAAAAUGGGUAAACGAGAUGGGAUGUCAAAUUCAUUUUAUCACACCCGAAAUGCACGCUGAAAAUGGUCAGGUAGAGAGAUACUGUAGGACUGUUUUAAAUAUGUUGCGUAUUGAGGCCGGUAACAAAAAGGAGUGGUCCGACUGCUUGUGGCGGCUACAGCUUGUUAUAAAUUCUACUAAACAUAAAACCACACAAACUUCACCUUUACAAGUACUAGUGGGUAUUGACGGCACCACCCCUAUUAUACGGGCUUUGAUUCGUGAUGUCGCAGUAGAAAAUACUCGACCUAACCGCGAAGGUUUACGUGAAUUACGUAGACAACGAACUACCAGCCUGUUGGAGCAAAACAGGCAAAAACAAGAUGCCUACAUCAAUAAGAGUCGCAAAACUAUUCGCACCUUCAAGGAAAAUGACUUAGUUUUCGUCAUUAAAAACGCACAGAUGACUGGGAAGUUAGACUCUGGUAUGAGGGGUCCUUAUUGUGUUACUAAGGUUUUACAGCACAACCGCUACCAACUACGACUACUUGGCAACUCCUAUGGCAAAACAACGCAGGCCGCUGCCGAGCAUAUGGUAGUUUGGCGUGGAGAAUGGACCCCCGAGUCGUGCGCCACGUUUUUUGACAUUGCGGAUAACGAAACUUCCGAGGAAUCUGUUGAAGGUGAAGAAAAUGCAGCUGGACCAAGCUGUGUGCAUAUUGAGGAACAUCCUGAUGGUAGCACACCAUCGGAGACAUCCUUCGUCGAGGAAGGUGGUGCAGAAGUGGCCGAGAAUGGCCCCUCGUCAGGAGAGGCCGUGUUAGCAUAA